UUCUUCAUUUUAUUUAGCUGUUCUUGCAUGUAGCUCCCAAUCUUUGCUCUGCUUCAGUUACUGGGGCAUUUAUUUUUGAAUCAGCUGCAUUUGUUAAGACUGUAGCAACGAAAGGCAUUUCCUGAGAAGCUGUAAGGAUGAGCAGCAAGAAGGAACAACAGCUAAGGAAAUACGGGACCCUAGUAGUGCUUUUUAUCUUCCAAGUUCAGAUUUUUGGUUUUGAUGUUGACAAUCGACCUACAACAGAUGUCUGCUCGACACACACAAUUUUACCUGGACCAAAAGGGGAUGAAGGUGAAAAAGGAGAUAGAGGAGAACUGGGCAAACAAGGAAAGGUUGGACCAAAAGGACCAAAAGGAAACAAAGGACUUGUGGGGGAUAUUGGUGACCAGGGAAUGCUUGGGAAAAUCGGUCCAAUUGGUGGAAAGGGUGACAAAGGAGACAAAGGCUUAUCAGGGGUUUCUGGAAAAAAGGGGAAAGCAGGCACGGUCUGUGACUGUGGAAGAUACCGCAGAGUUGUUGGACAGCUGAAUAUCAAUGUUGCUCGCCUUAACACAUCCAUCAAGUUUGUAAAGAAUGUUAUAGCAGGUAUCAGGGAGACAGAUGAGAAAUUCUAUUACAUCGUGAAAGAAGAGAAGAAUUACAGAGAAGCCUUGAUCCACUGCAGGGACAGAGGAGGAACACUGGCCAUGCCUAAAGAUGAGGCAACCAAUGCCCUGAUUGCUGACUACAUCUCCAACAGUGGCCUCUUCCGAGCCUUCAUUGGGCUGAACGACAUGGAAAAAGAAGGACAGUUUCUGUAUGCAGACAACAGCCCACUGCAGAACUACAGUAACUGGAAGGAAGGGGAGCCUCACGACCCAGCUGGACGUGAGGACUGUGUGGAAAUGCUCAGCACAGGAGAGUGGAAUGACUCUGAGUGCCAAGUUACCAUCUACUUCGUCUGUGAAUUCCUCAAGAAGAGGAAAUAAAAGUGCUGCAGAAUGUGCCUGGCACCUGCUGUAAAUUCGAUAACCCCUCUUCAUUCAUCCAGUGCAGGGAGAGCAGACAACCAGGGAUAGGGCUCAAUCCAGCCUUCACCUCACUGGGUUAAGCAAGAGCAACUACUGUUAAAAUGUCAGUGACCAUAAAGUCAGGACAGGUCUGCAGGGGGCAUCCAGCCAGUUGUGAACUUUCAUUUCAUUUCUAUGUGCAGUGCAGGGUGGGCAUUUCUAUGGGUAAUUUAGGGGCAAAUUUAGAGCACGCAGAGAUGAAUAUGAUUUCACUAAUGCCAGAAAUAGUAAACUCACUGGCAUAUUAAUUACUGAUGGACUUGGAUUUCAGUCAUCUUUGACCUGCACAGUAAGUCUCAGUAAUUUCAGAGCUAGGAGAACAGCAGUUUCUCGUGAAAAAAAAAUCCUUCUUUUCUUAGAAUCAUACAGUAAUUUAAGUUGGGAUGGAUCUCUGGAGGUCAUCUGGUUGGAUCUUCCAUGCAAAGCAGGGCCAGCUUCAAACUUAGAUUAGAAGUUGUUAUACUCUCCUUCAUUUGGCUGUGCAAUUACACUGCCGGAUACGCACUAGGCACUGUGCAGCAAUGUACCCCGCAGGUCACUCAGCACUGCCUGCACAUGUCCUCCUCUGAGUAUAUGAAGAACUGGACACGCCAUCAGCUAGUAACACAGAGGGCCAGCUCCAAGCCUCCCUUCUAUCUAUUGCUGUGUACAGCACUGCAAAGGCAACUAGACAAGUCAUGCUUCUUCAACCUCACCCUCAACAGGAAAAUCCUCCAAAGCAUUUAGCUGGUUGAUAGUUUGACUCCAAGCUCAUCUCUGAGCAAUGACCAACACAAGAGCAUCCUAGGAGACUCUGUGACUCAGAACCACCCUUGUAAUCCAGCUUCUCUGCCACUUGUUCCUCCAGAAAACCACCUGUUACUACCAGCAGUAAAUUAUCUGUGCUGCUACACACCCUCCAGGGAACUAUUCAGACCCAUGAAUGAAGCAGUUGGACUACAUUUCUUUUCAUUGCACCCCUACUAUGCUAUGAGAGUAUUUGAGCAAACAGGUUCAUUUAGCAUGACAUAACUCAUCCUGAAUUGUUCCCUUCCUGGGAAUUGAUAUUCCCCAAAAUUAAGCAGAACUACACUUUUUAGGAUCUACAGUAAUAAACUCAUUAAGCUAAA